AUGGAUAAACAUGUGAAUGUAUUCCAACAAACCAUCAUGAAAGAUUUUCACCAUCUUUUGGGUUCAGGAAACAUCUUGAGAGAGAACCUUAGCAUGGAUGAACAACAGGAACUAUUUGAUCUCAAAUCCAAUACCGAUAUUGUUAUUCUUCCAGCAGAUAAGGGUGGGGCUAUAGUCAUUAUGGAUUCCAGUUAUUACUGGGCUGAAGGUAUGCACAAUCCUUUAUUUGAUAUCAAUAUAAAGACUGGUGUGAAUCAGGAACUGAUUACAGACUGUAAUGAAGAAUUUGAUAACAUCUUUAGAGAAGUUGGGAAUGCAGCCUAUAAGCUCAAGAGGCUGCAAUGGCAGCGAUUUCACAUGGAAGCUUGUCUACAUCAUAAUGUGAUACCGAGGGGAUUGAGAAUUAGGUGUAUGCCCAGCUAUGGGAGCACCUACCCAAAUCUCCUGGCCAAAUGGCAGGAGAUUAACAUAGAGACAAGCUUCCGAUACAUGCAGCUGCUAAUAGACUACUUUAAGCCACAUGAAGAUGAGGUUUCUGCUCUUAUUGAAUUUCUGCACGAUGACAAUAAUUCUACUCCUCUAUUAUACAACACUACCACCUAUGCUUCAAGCAACUGUACAAGGGGCACAUGGAUAACUCAGCUGGUAUUUCCUGCCCUCUACUCAUUUCUGCUCCUUAUAGGACUUACUCUUAAUACUAUAGUAAUUUGGGCAUUCAUUCUAACACCCGACAAAUCAAAUUUCAUCAUAUUUCUAAAAAACAUUGUUGUUGCUGAUUCCCUUAUGAUUCUAACAUUUCUAUUUAAGAUUAUUAAUGAUUCUGGAGUUGGACCAAAGAGUCUUAGAGCAUUCAUUUGCCAGGUUUCAUCUGUUGUGUUUUAUUUUACAAUGUAUAUAAGUAUUGUUUUCCUUGGGCUAAUCACUGUUGAUCGAUAUAGGAAAACUGUCUUACCAUUUAAAAAAUCUGUCUUAAAUAUUUCAGGAGCCAAGCUGCUGUCUGCAGGAAUAUGGGUCACUAUGUUUUUCUUGUCCUUACCCAAUAUGAUUUUGAGCAACACAAAGCUAGCAAUGGAACAUUCUAUGAAAUGCUCUCACUUCAAAAGUGAGAUUGGGCUAACAUGGCAUGCAAUUACAGUAAGUGUUUGUCAAAUCAUAUUCUGGGUAAACCUUGGAAUUCUACUUGUAUGUUACUCACUCAUAACAAAAGAACUUUAUUAUUCAAACAAGAGAGUUAAAGGUUCCAGAAGACAAAGUAAAAGACAUAUAAAUACUAAUAUAUUUAUUGUGAUAACUGUAUUUUUUAUAUGUUUUGUGCCAUACCACUUUGCAAAAAUCCCGUAUACACUUAGCCAAACAAGAAAUGUUUUUAACUGUUCAGUCCAGAAUACACUGUUUUAUGUUAAAGAAAGUACUUUGUGGCUGUGUGCUUUAAAUGCAUGUCUAGAUCCACUGAUAUAUUAUUUUCUCUGCAAGUCAUUUAGACAAUCGCUUAAAAAAAUAUUUCAUCCUAAGUCAAAACAUAUCCCUUUACAAAAGCACGCAAAGUCAAUGAAGCUAGAAACUGAUAACGCCGAAUGUUGAAUACUUGUUCAUUCAUUGAAAGAAAUUGUCUGAAAGAUGUGAAUAUGGAAUCCUCUUUCACCUGUCUUUAAUAACUGCAACUGAUGAAUCUCUGAAUUAAUUUCACAAUCGAGUAGAAUGAAAAAAUGGUGAGAGCCUUUCUGCAAAAUGAACAAGAUGAAUCACCACACAGCCUAUGCAACCAGAUGUUGCAGUACCAGCACAAAUAAUUGAAUUGCCUUUUCCAGAAUGAAGAAGGCUGAAAAAAUAUUGCCACAAAGCAAAGGUAAUGCUAGUAGAACAUGAAGCUUAGCUAUUCCAAAUACUGCUGUACAGAGUUUGUGAUCCCCUGUCUUGACAAGCUCAGACACUGUUUUAUGCAAGGCACUGUAAUCAAAAACUCAAAAAUCCUAGUAAAAACUAUUGUGAUAGACUGUGACUCUGAGUGUACAUAAAACAAGC